AUGAGUGCGCAGGAGGAUAAGCUAACGAAUUCAUUGGAAGCGCUCGCUAGAGUUGAAGAUGAUAUCGAUGUUGUCGAAAAAGAGGUCGAAAUAAUACGAUUGAGGAAGAUGGCGCCAUUGUAUGAACUUCGUGGCAAAGCAAUAACCGGGGUAGACGGCUUUUGGAAAGUUGUUUUAUCGCAACAUUCCGAUUUUGCGAAUUACGUACGGGCAGCGGACCUGAAAUAUAUUGACUGUAUCAAAUCUAUUGAAAUGAAAUGGAUGUGCUUAGAGGACAAUAAGCUUGAUCACCGUAACGUUGCUAUUAGUUUCGAGUUCGACGGUAUUGAUGGUGACUUUGAAGCUCAAAUUGUUACUAAAUACUUCAAAAUUGAAAAUGAUAUUACGAAGUUCAAAUACACUGGGAAGCGUACUGAAGAGGACGAUUUGCGCGAUGGAGAGCUUGGGUUUUUGACUAGUGAGCCUUGUCAAAUCAAGUGGCCCAAAUCUUUCAACAAUAUAAACCCAUCGCUGGUAUCAGACAAGUCGACCGCAGAAGGGAAGAAAAACUAUCGCACUGGAAUGAAGUCCUUCUUCUCGUGGUUCAAGUGGACAGGUUUGAAGGUUGGAAAAGAAUUUCCUAACGGAGACGGUCUUGCAAAUCUGUUAGCGGAUGACAUUUAUCCCAAUUGCACAAAGUAUUACACCGAGGCCCAAGUGGAUUUGGAAGACGAAAACAUUGACGAUGAAGACCUGAGCAAUGGGCCAAUUGAGUUAGAAUCCAGUGGUAGCGGCUCUGAUGAGAAUCCAAAGAAUGAACCUGAACAUAAAAAACGUAAAAUUUAA